CAUAAUAAUUCAGUCUCCCACUCUUGUUUGCUUCCUAAUUGUUCCCGAAUUCGCAUUGAACACUGUACGUCCAUCACAACUAGUAGAGUAAAACAUCGUGUUUGGAUAAACUCGUUUCGGUGCACGUCGACGAUUCUCAGGCUAUCUUAGCUUAGCUUCGUUGAACUUAGCUCGCUAGCUGCUAACAAAGAAACAUUCGUCAUCGACACGCGGCUAAGGAGAGAUCAACCGUGAGUGUCAAGUGUCGUGAUUUGUUUUUUUUGUGAACAUGUGUGCAAAAAGCGUGAAAGAAGAAGAGUACGAGGACGAGUGUUGUCGAACAAAAGAGGACCACGAACGAGAACGCUUGGACGCAGUUUGUCCCGAGGAGCCACAAGAUGAACUACACAAAACAGACGUCGGUGAAAUCGACCUUUCUUCUGAGCAGCGGCAGCCAGCACUCGCUCAUAUUAAAGAGGAAGAGGAGCCAGAAUACUUCCACGUAAAGCAGGAAGAGCAGGAGGCUGACGCCGCCGACUUUCCGUUGACUGUUGUCAUUGUGAAGAGUGAAGAUGACGACCAAGAAGAAGGUGAUGGAGAGCACUGUGAAGGAUCACAAGCAGACGGCCUCUUGGCGCCACUGUCAGAUAGCGACGACAUAACGUCGCACUCUUCUGACACGGGUGACGAUGGCCACUCGAACGGUCGUAAGGCACGUCGCGCCGGCGGCGAACGCUGGAAAUGUUCUCAGUGUGACAAAACCUUUGUCAACAAGUCAUCGUUAAAACGACACACCAGAAUACACACUGGAGAGAAACCUUUUGCCUGUUCAGUUUGUGAUAAAAGAUUCUCUGUAAAGGAAAGCUUAACAAAUCACAUAAGGACGCACACCGGGGAUAAACCGUUUGCCUGCUCGGUUUGUGGUAAAAGGUUGAUUACAAAGGCAAGUUUAACAUAUCACACAAGAACACACACUAGGGAGAAUCUUUUUGCCUGUUCGGUUUGUGAUAAAGUGUUUGCUGAAAAGGGACAUUUAACAGUCCACACAAGAACACACACUGGAGAGAAACCGUACGCCUGCUCAAUUUGUGGUAAACGAUUCUUUCGGAAAGGACAAUUUGAAACGCACACAAGAACACACACUGGAGAAAAACCUUUUGCCUGCUCAGUUUGCAACUUGGCUUUUAGAGAUCGAACCGUAAUGGUUCAACACGUGAAAACCCACACAGGAAAGAAACCUUUUGUUUGCUUGGUUUGUGGUAAAAGAUUUUCUCGGAAGGGAGAUUUAAGAAGACACACAAGAACACACACAGGGGAGAAACCCUUUGCCUGUUCAGUCUGCAGCUUAACUUACAGUGAUCGUUCAGGAUUAAAUCAACACAUGAGAACACACACUGGGGAGAAACCGUAUUCGUGCUCAGUUUGUGGCAAGGGGUUCAAUCAAAGCGGCACGUUGACAAUACACACAAGAACACACACUGGCGAGAAGCCGUUCAGUUGCAGUACGUGUGAUAAACAAUUCCCCCGCAAGCACCAGGUUAAGAGACACAAGUGUACCGGUGAGAAGAGCAGUGGGAAAUGACACGUCAAGAAAAUUGUAAUCAUAAAAGUUUUACUCUUCAUGAUAACCUGUAAAAGUGUAUAUGUGAUCCUGAAUAAAAUAUUUUGGAAACUA